AUGCCGGCAGGCUCCAGGACGUCCGGCGGCGUCUUCAGCAUGUUCGGCGCCGCUGCGCAGCAUCUGAACACCCAAGACCAGUCCAGCAAUGCUUUUGCAUCCACCUCCGGCGCAUCGGUCUGGGACGAGCCAGGUCGCACCAUGGACCUCGUCUUCAUCAUGGACGCAACAGGCUCCAUGGGCAGCUACAUCAACUCGGCCACCAAAAACAUCGAGACCAUCUGCGAAAACAUCAUCCGCUCCGAGCAGCUCAGCGGACCAGGUGCACUGCGCAUCGGCCUCAUCGCCUACCGCGACCAUCCACCGCAGGAUCACACGUACGUCGUCAAGAAUUUUGGCUUUCACAACAAGGUGGAGAAGGUCAAGGAGGCGCUCAAGACGCUGUAUGCCUCGGGCGGCGGUGAUGGGCCCGAAGCGGUCACUGCAGCCAUGAAAGCUGCGCUGAACCUCGACUGGCGUCCACACGCCACCAAGCUCGCUGUGCUGAUCGCUGACGCCCCACCCCACGGCAUCGGCGAGUACGGCGACGGCUUCCACGACGGCUCACCGGACGGCGAAGAUCCUCUGCGCCUAGCCCGUCAAUACGCCAAAGCGGGCAUCCCGCUCUUCAUGAUCGCCUGCGAACCUGCGCUGUCGGGCUACCAGCACGCCGCCGACUUCUUCCAAGGUCUCGUCCAGAUCACGGGCGCCAUGCUCGUCCCACUCACCACCGCCAGCCUUUUGAGUCAUGUCAUCCUCGGCAUCGCCGGCGAAGCCAUGGACCUCGAGCGGCUCCACCGCGAGAUCGGCGACGCCAUCGCAGAACGCAUCCAAUCGCUCAGCCUCGAAGGCAACCAGUCCAAUCCUAUGGACGACGUCGCACGCGAACUCCACGAACGUCUCCUCCUCCGCAACGAAAACACCAAGCAGCUCUACAUCGAGAGCAUCUACCGCGACACGGACGAGUCUCGGCACAACAUCCAAAUCUGGGCCACCGCAGCCGAUCUCGCAUCGGCGAAACCCAACAUCAAGCGCGUGGUGGGCUCGAGGUUGAGCGACAAGUACCUGCAGACUCGUCGGGCUACGUCGUCGUACAAGCCGUACGUGCCAUUUCCGACGUCGACGGGCGGGGCGACGGGUGCGUUUGGUGGGUCGGCGACGUCGACAAGCCCGCAGCUGGGGUCGAGGAAGGUGGUCACCGAGUUCUCGACGUUCAGUGCGACACCGGCGAGCUUUCAGCAGGCCGGUUCACCGCCCCCUGCCGAGACGGCGACGUUCAGCGGUCCCUCGCCGCGCCUGUCGAAUGGUGGGUUUGGGUAUAAGAACACCCAAGGGUUUGCGUAUCGCGGACGAGACGCGGCGAUGAUGGAUGAUGACGAUGACGACGAUGCGCACCGCGUCGAUGGUGGGCGAGUGACAGAGGAGGAGGAGGCCAAGGACUCGACGAGCCUGCCUGUGACGCACGAGGACGGCGUCGUGCGGGUGCAGGGCGAGGACGGACAGACGCUCGCCUACCGCCAGGGCGCGAUCUCGCUGGAACAGGUGAGGAGGUUGGCCAUGCAGUCGGCGUACAGGGGAGGAUUGGCGAGCGAUUGA